AUGGGUAAGAACGAGGGACCAGGGAAAGAACGAGGGACCAGGGGAAAGAGGGACCAUGGGAAAGAACGAGGGACCAUGGGUAAGAACGAGGGACCAGGGGAAAGAACGAGGGACCAGGGGAAAGAACGAGGGACCAUGGGUAAGAACGAGGGACCAGGGAAAGAACGAGGGACCAGGGAAGAACGAGGGACCAGGGAAAGAACGAGGGACCAGGGAAAGAACGAGGGACCAGGGAAAGAACGAGGGACCAGGGAAAGAACGAGGGACCAGGGAAAGAACGAGGGACCAGGGGAAAGAACGAGGGACCAGGGAAGAACGAGGGACCAGGGAAAACGAGGGACCAGGGGAAAGAACGAGGGACCAGGGAAAGAACGAGGGACCAUGGGGAAGAACGAGGGACCAGGGGAAAGAACGAGGGACCAGGGGAAAGAACGAGGGACCAUGGGUAAGAACGAGGGACCAUGGGUAAGAACGAGGGACCAGGGGAAAGAACGGACCAGGGACCAGGGGAAAGAACGAGGGACCAUGGGUAAGAACGAGGGACCAGGGGAAAGAACGAGGGACCAGGGAAAGAACGAGGGACCAUGGGUAAGAACGAGGGACCAGGGGAAAGAACGAGGGACCAGGGGAAAGAACGAGGGACCAUGGGUAAGAACGAGGGACCAGGGGAAAGAACGAGGGACCAGGGGAAAGAACGAGGGACCAUGGGUAAGAACGAGGGACCAGGGAAAGAACGAGGGACCAGGGGAAAGAACGAGGGACCAGGGGAAAGAACGAGGGACCAGGGGAAAGAACGAGGGACCAGGGGAAAGAGGGACCAGGGAAAGAGGGACCAGGGAAAGAACGAGGGACCAGGGGAACGAGGGAAAGAACGAGGGACCAUGGGUAAGAACGAGGGACCAGGGAAAGAACGAGGGACCAGGGAAAGAACGAGGGACCAUGGGUAAGAACGAGGGACCAGGGAAAGAACGAGGGACCAGGGAAAGAACGAGGGACCAUGGGUAA